CCCCCUGUCACCAGUGGGUAGAGACACAGGCUGAUAACUUGUAUCACUGCUUCCUCCUCCUCCUCUUCCUCCUUCUUCUUCACCUCCUGCUUCCUCCUCUUUGGCGCAUUUGACGCCGUCGAGCUCCGCCUGAGCCUUCGUGGUCCGGAGGAGACUCACCGGGGAGGAGGUUCUGGAAUCCACCUGCCGGAGACCGGAGACACACCUCGGGAUGGACGCGCUGAAAUCCGCCGGCAGAGCGAUCAUCAAGAGCCCGGGAGUCCCGCGGCACACAUGGGGAACUUCCAAGCACGAGAAGCUGCCAGAGAACUGGACGGACACCAAGGAGACGUUGCUGGAGGGGAUGGUGUUCAACGUGAAGUACCUGGGUAUGACACUGGUGGGCCAGCCCAAAGGAGAGGACAUGGCUUCUGCUGCCAUUCACAGAAUCGUCACCACGGCCAGAGCCAGUGCCAAGAAGUUUCGGAAAGUGACCCUGACAGUGUCACCGAAAGGCAUCGUCAUCACAGACACAGAGACCACAGACCUCAUUGAGAACGUCUCCAUAUACAGAAUCUCGUACUGCACAGCAGAUAAAACUCAGGACAAGGUCUUUGCGUACGUCUCCCAGAGUCAGUUCAACGAGACACUGGAGUGCCACGCUUUCCUCUGCCAGAAGAGGAAGAUUGCUCAGGCUGUGACAUUAACAGUGGCCCAGGCCUUUAAAGUGGCUCUGGAUCUUUGGGAGGUUGCUCAGGAAGGCAAAAGCAAGAAGACCAGGCCCUGCUGCUCCUGUGCACCAAGCAACACGCCGACAGAGACAACAGACAGUCAGUGUGUUCCGGCAGCGGCCCACAAGCCUGUCCGGAUGGAGGAGAGACUCCGGUCUCGGCCUUUCUUCUCCGCCGCACUCAGCUCGCUCUCACCUCGUAGUAACCCCACUCGAAGGCGGCCGAUCAAACAUGACUCCUGGGAUGUGGAGGAUGGACUCGAUGAUGCGUUCUCAAGCAACAUGGAAGUAGAGAUGGACACCGACUGGCCGAGUCCCGCUCCGAACCCGUCUCUGACGAUGCAGCUCUGAGUCCCCAGGACGUCUGCACAGAGGAUCUGUAGUCAAUCUGCAACAAUGAGUUUUUUCAAGAACUGCCCAAUUUACACUGUCACAACAAAAUUAUAUCACAGUCCCUGAGUUAAAAAAACCCCAUCAUACAUCAACUGAACAGGCAGAAAAUAAACAUGCUCCCUGGUGCAAUAACCAGAAUCUGAGAGGCUGUGUUUGAAAUUCAGAGGCUGCUGCAGAGGAGUCAGAAUGAAGCCUGAUAUCAUAAACUGCAGUUUCUGUGAAUGCCACUCAAUACAUACUUUACCAAUCAUUGUUGGUGUUCAUGAACGACAGAAGAUGAUUUUUUUGUUGAACAUUUUCAACAAAAAAAACCAGAAGAUUAUCUGACAACCUAUUUCAUUGGCUAAUGUUGGUCCAUUACAUAUGUGUUAGUAUUGACAUAUGUGUGUCAAAAUGAAAACCUUGUAGAGAACAUAAAGAAAAGAUGAUUUUGGUCAUUUAGAAAAGGUAAAAAUACAUAAAUAGAUUAAUCUAAACAAAGAGCAAAGAUGCUUUGUACCAAGUUGAUCUACUAUCUAAGUUCCAAUUGUUUUUGUUUCUGAAUUCUCCAAUUGUUGCCCCCUGACCGGACUCAGAUGAACAGAAACAAUCAAACAUAGAGCAACGCCUAUCAUAUCAAUACAAAUGGACCGGCAACCUAUGGUUCACUUAUAAUAAUAAGAAUACUGGCCAAUAUACUGAUAUUGGAAAUGUUUCACUUCCUAAAAUGGCCAGACAUCCAGUGACUCUAAUGACUAUUGUACAAAGUCUCCUCCUUUUAAUUUUACAAUGUGUAAAAAAACACUGUAGCACAUGGAUUCCACUUGUAAAUCCCUGAUGAAGAUUUACUUUGCAUAAAAAACAAAAAAUGUUAUGUGUGUGUGUGUGUGUGUGUGUGUGUGUUUGUAGGCUGCCAUCACUCUCUGAAAAUGUGCGAGCUCUCAGAUCUAGUUUAUCUGAUGCGACUGGCAGCUGUUCCUCCUGCCGUCACUGGACGAGAUCCAGCGUCAGGAAACAUCGUCAGAAGAGAAUGAGAGAAUUAUACAUUUGUCCUUGAGUGUGUUGCGCUGAUUGAAGCACUUCUGUUGACAAUGACACAGCAUGUGAUGUAGUAAUUAGACACACUGUACCCAUGUGUCAUCUUCUUAUUGAUGGCAGCAUAAAUGCAUCGUAAUGAAAACCACAGUCAACACUGGAAAAUAAGGAAAUGUUUCUCACAGAGUCAGAAAGUACAUUUUGACAGAGUCAUACAUAAGAAACUCCUGAGCCACAAGCAACUUAAACAACAUAAAUAAAGGAGAUAAAUAAUUUAAUGAUCAAGCUCCAAAAAUCCCUGUUCCUACAUUUCCCAUAAUGCUUGUUGUUGUAAAGUUGUGGUCUCCAAGUUCAAGUGGUGAUGACAUCACUAUGAAAUCAUCAGGGUUAUAUUGUUAAACUUUGUCCGGAGCCAAAACUGAAUUCAUACGUAAGAUUUCACAGGAUGCGUUGUACUCGUAGACUGUAAAUGAAGAUGGACGACAUGACGGCUCCCCUAAAGUGAAGCCAAAGCAUCUCCUUCGCCCCCUGGUGGCUGUCUGCAGUAUAGGUUGUUAACCUGCCCAACGAAGUACAUGUCCAAUCAGGUAGUUCUUAUCAAACUGGUCUAAGUGUUAUUUUUUUACCGUUAAGUUGGUUUUAAGGUAUUUGUUGCUACAAAAACCAGGCGAAAACAUCAUGGUUGACAGCUGAUAGUGACUCGCGAUUGGCCGAGAGUGUGUAUUCGUCAGCCUCCGGCUCUGUGGCUUCAUUUCUGUGGGGGGAAGGGGAGAUGCGUCGUCCAUCUUUAUAUACACAGUCUAUGGUUGGACUAAACAUGAUGAGUAAAGUCAACUUGAUGUGUAAAAUCUGUGGAGUGCCCAUUUAAGGUGAACACAUUUUUAGAUGGUUUUACAUCAAAUACAUUUAAAUAAGAUAAAAUGCAAACUCACAACCUUACUGUUGUAGAUAAAUCACUGAUCAGGACAAUCUAUUGGUGUGUUCACUUUGUCAGUGUCAACAGGUUUGUGAUAUAAAGAAAACUCAUAUUCAAGACUAAACACUGCAGCAGAAACAAUCUCGCACCUAUAAUUUCGCUGCCACAGUCUGUAAAUGCUGCGCUGAUGAAGACCGGUUAUAAAGACAACGGUACAACAAGGCCAGACAUUUCAAAUAAAAGAAACCUAUUUCCGUAUAUGCUGUAUUUUUUCAAUGUCGGAGCUGUGUAACAUAUGUAUGCAUAUUGUAUGUAUUGUAAAUGAAGUAGGAUUUCACACAGGUCGUUGUUUUUAAUGAUAAUUAUCACUUGUUGAUAUGUGAAUGUCUACAUUGCUUGUAUGUUUUGCUUUAGGUUAGACAAUUUAUACAAAUCUAAUUGUAUGUGGUUUUUAUUUCUUUAUUUUUUCAAACUAGCGUUGGCAACUCUUGAAUUGGUAAGCCCCCCCCCCCAAAACAAAAACAAAAACAAAAACAAAUCCCCAUAGAUAGACGCUGUUCACGUUGUCGUCGCGAAUCAUAUUACAGACAAAUUGCUGCUGUGCUUCGACUAUUGAAAAAUAUUUGUAUCCACCACUUAGACGACGCUCUCUAUCAAGAGCUCCCUCUCUCUGUAUUCAUCGGAUCAUGACUGAGAAUGAUUGUGACGGCGGGAGACGGUGGGGACUCGGUGGUGUUGUCAUGACACCCGCUGCAGAAUAAUUGGAUGGCUUAUCAGGUUAUGCCAUGAAGCUUAAUUGCAUUGUUUUCGUUCCUGACUGGCUGAAACGCCAACUUUGUUUUUUUUGGAAAGAAAUCCUGCCCCGUAUUGUUUGGGUAUCAGAAAUAGCUCCCAGCAUGUCUAUAGUUGAUCUAAAUCCACGUCUGCAUUUCAGUAUCGAUUGUAUCUGUCUCUCAAGCAUCUUUCCUCAUGAGUAGAAAUUAUGUUUUGCAAUAUUUCCUCAUCCUUUCAGCUUCGUCAUUGACUGACUGAUUGAUUCAAGUGCGGAUGCUUCACUGAUUCAAGGCUCCUGGAGAUGGGCUGCUGUCCAGAAGCUCUCACACUCAGCAUUGGUUUUCAGUCAUGACAACCAACAAACUGAACUGGACAAUAGUACAAAAUUAUCUAUAAGUUGCACUUGCAUAUAUUGAACUUACAGUAAAUAUAGUUUUCAACCAAUCCGUUCCAAACAAACACAAACGGGAUACUUGGUACUCAGUAGAGCACAAAACUCCACCAAGGCCCAACAGUCAUUAGUUCAAGUCCUUAAAUUCAAUCAAGCUGCUCCAAAUUGUACACACUGAUUUGUGGCUUCAGGAUGCAGGAUUUAAUUCCCUGGGAAAAUGGUGAAAACAGCGGGGUGGGUAAUAAUGAGAUCUUGCAGCCUGCACCACUAUGGAUCCUUAUUGAGAGUUGAACAAAAUUAUCUAACUGCACAGAUCCAACUAUUGUUCCAUGUAGCCAGUACCAUGAUGAGCACCAAAUUGUACACACACAUAGGUAUAGGUUCCCUAAAUGUGCCAAAACAAUGAAAAUGUGGAAAAAUGCAAAGGAAAGAAAGUGAAAAAUCCUGGCUCUUCCCCCUGAUCAGGAUCUGCACCAAAAAUGUAAUGGGUUCCUCCAUUGCUCAAGCCCCACCCCUACACAACAUUUCAAAUCAAUUGCGCUGUGGAAAUGCUUUGAGUAGUUUUUGUGUCAUGUUGCUUAGAAACAAACAAAUCAACAAAGGAGCAGACAGAGGUCCUUGGUGGAGGUAAUAUUUGGAUUUUGCUGCCUGCACCACUUUUGAUCCUUAUUUAGAAUCAAACAAACACCUUGUACACAUGAUGUAAUGGCCCAGAUCGAGCUUCUAAUACUUCUAAUACUUGCUCCAUGUACCCAGUACCAUGAUGAGCUUCCUGUCUGGGAGGGGGGCACAGACCUGCACGUAGAGUUGUAAAAUGCCAGUUUGAGUCCAGAGUCCACUGGAUACAAACCCCCCCGUGAGGGUCUGAGACACUGAAAACAUUUGAUGCUGGUAAAAAACAAAGAUGUUGACUGGAGAAACUUCAUAUAAGCUACUAUCAACCCAACUUAACCACUGACGUUUACAGUAUCGGUUUACGUUUCCAACAAGGUGCUUAUUUUCUAUCUAUGCAAUUAGUGGGUUCCCAACCGUGUUGUAAUACUACGAUAGCAAUUUGUGAAUGAACAAGCAGUUGUCCUGAACUGUGUAAAGAUUUGUACAGCAUUUGGAAACUGUUCUGGUUUGUUACAUAUUUAUGCAUAAUAAACAACUUUUUACAAACAAA